GUCUGCCAACCUAAAUAAAACUGCCUUUCUCUAUUGUUCCUGCCUUGAAGUACAUCGUGACAACAGCUGAGAGAGUCCCAGAAGUGGCCCAGUUUACGCCUCCACCAAAUCGCCUACAGGCAGCGCAAUGGCCUCUGAGACACCCUCUGAACGGUCUCUUCUUAGAGGUGGAGUGGAAAGAGGAGCCAGGCAGCUUCCUCAGGCCCUCUUGACCUUUGAGGAGGUGGCUGUGUUUUUCACAGAGGAGGAGUGGGCUCUGCUGGAUCCUGGCCAAAGAGCUCUGCACAAGGAAGUCAUGGAGGAGAAUUAUGAGAUGGUGGCCUCUUUAGGAGAGAUUCUGAUACCCAAGUCCGAGCUCAUCUCCUUGCUCGAGACAGAAAAAUACAGAGAUGUUGUCCUGGACAAAUGGAGAGCAGACGAUGGAGACGGGAGUCAGAAUUCUGAAGGGCUAUCUGUGAAGUGCUUCAGUGUGAGUGAGCAUCUUAUCACAAAUCUACAAACUCACACAGCGAAGAAACCCUUUACAUGUAUGGAGUGUGGAAAGAGCUUCAGUCGGAAUGGAAUUCUUACUGUACAUCAACGAAUUCACACAGGGGAGAAACCAUAUAAAUGUAUGGAAUGUGGAAAGAGCUUCAGUUGUAGUGGAAAACUCCCUAUACACCAACGAACUCAUACAGGGGAAAAACCAUUUAAAUGUAUGGAGUGUGGAAAGAGUUUCAGUGACAGUGGAGCAUGUACAAAACAUCAACGAACUCACACAGGGGAGAAACCAUAUAAAUGUUUGGAGUGUGGAAAGAACUUCAGUGAAACUGGAGCACUUACAAGACAUCAACGAAUUCACACAGGUGAGAAACCAUUUAAAUGUAUCGAGUGUGGAAAGUGUUUCAUUUGUAGUGGAAGCCUUAGUGUACACCAACGUUCACACACGGGGGAGAAACCAUAUAAAUGUGUGGAAUGUGGGAAGAGCUUCAGUGAAAGCGGAAAACUUACAAGACAUCAACAAAUUCACACAGGAGAGAAACCAUUUAAAUGUAUGGUUUGUGGAAAGUGUUUCAGUGAUAGUGGAGCACUUACAAAACAUCAACAAACACACACGGGGGAGAAACCAUUUAAAUGUAUGGCAUGUGGAAAGAGCUUCAGUGAAAGUUCCCAGCUGACUAUCCAUCUACGAACUCACACAGGGGAGAAACCAUUUAAAUGUAAGGAGUGUGGCAAGAGCUUUAGUCAGUGUUCCCACCUUACUAUACAUCAACGAACCCAUACAGGGGAAAAACCAUUUAAAUGUAUUGAGUGUGGCAAGAGCUUCAGUGCAAGUGGAAAACUUACAAGACAUCAACGAAUUCACACAGCAGAGAAACCAUUUAGAUGCAUGGUAUGUGGAAAGAACUUUAGUCAAAGUGGAAGCCUUACUGUACACCAGCGAACUCAUACAGGGGAGAAGCCAUUUAAAUGUGUGGAGUGUGGAAAGAGCUUCAGUGAAGGUUCAAAACUGAGCGUGCAUCUAAGAAUUCACACAGGUGAGAAACCAUAUAAGUGCUUAGAGUGUGGAAAGUGCUUCAAUGUGACUGAACACCUUUAUAUACAUCUACGAACUCACACAGGUGAGAAACCAUUUAAAUGUAUGGAGUGCGGAAAGAGCUUCAGGGAUAGGGGAAAGCUUACUGUACAUCAACGAAUUCACACAGGGGAGAAACCAUUCAGGUGUACGGUGUGUGGCAAGAGCUUCAAUCGGAAUGGAAUUCUUACUGUACAUCAACGAACUCAUGCAGGAGAGAAACCAUAUAAAUGUAUUGAGUGUGGAAAAAGCUUCACUGAAGGUCCACAACUUACCAUACAUCUCCGAACUCACACAGGUGAGAAACCAUUUAAAUGUAUGGAGUGUGGAAAGAGCUUCAGUCGGAAAGGAAUUCUUACUGUACAUCACCGAACUCAUACAGGGGAGAAACCGUAUAAAUGUAUGGAGUGUGGAAAGAGCUUCAGUUGUCGUGGAAAACUUACAAGACAUCAACGAAUUCAUACAGGGGUCAAACCAUAUAAAUGUAUCGAGUGUGGAAAGUGCUUCAGUGAAGCUUCGAAAUUGACUAUACAUCUCCGAACUCACACAGGGGAGAAACCUUUUAAAUGUAUAGAGUGUGGGCAGAGCUUCAGUCACAAUGGAAUACUUACUGUACAUCUACGAACUCACACAGGGGAGAAACCAUAUAAGUGUAUGGUUUGUGGAAAGUGCUUCAGUGAGAGUGGAAGCCUUACUCUACAUCAACGAACUCAUACAGGGGACAAACCAUAUAAAUGUUUGGAGUGUGGAAAGAGUUUCAUUUGUAGUGGGAAACUCGGUGUACACCAACAAAGUCACACUGGGGAGAAACCAUUUAAAUGUAUGGAUUGUGGGAAGUGCUUCAGUGAGAGUGGAGCUCUUACAAGACACCAACGAACUCACACAGGAGAGAAGCCAUUUAAAUGUUUGGAGUGUGGAAAGUGCUUCAGUGAGAAUGGAACUCUUAGAAAACAUCAACGGUCUCACAGAGAAGCAGCUGUUUAGAUGGAAGGAGUGUGGAAAGUGUUUCACUUAUAACGGAGUUCUAAAUAAACACCUACCGACUCUCACAGGGUAGAACCCAUUUAGUUGUAUGGAGUGUGCCAAGUUUUCCCCACAAAGUUCACUUUGUUCCUCAUGUCAGCAAACAUAUAGGGAAAAACAAAUUGUAAAUACAUGGAGUGUAUUUGAUGUUCUGGUGUUUGUAUGGAAAGUUGUACAUAUACAUAUUAAGGCAAUGAAGGUAACGCAUCAUAAUAGUAAGAAUAAUGAAAGAUACAAUGUACUGUUAGGAAUAUGCAGAAUAUGACCCUGGAGUGAACAUGUGCUGAGACUCAGCUGAUAUUUGGUCUUUGGCAGAGAGAGUUGGGAAUGGAGAGUUGUGAAAAGUGGAACACGAAAGUGGUGUUUAAGAAGCAGGAUUAGUUAUAGAAUCCUAGAACUGUAGAGUUGUCUCCAAGGGUCUUCUAGUCCAAUUCCCUGUUAUAAGAACAACAGCAUAAAGCCCAUUUUUAUAAUUGCAAUAAAGGAACAAUGAAAACACAAAAUGACUGAAA